CUCUUUCUCUUUCUCUCUCUCUCUCUUUCUCUCUCUCUCUCUCUCUCUCUCUCUCUCUCUCUCUCUCUCUCUCUCUCUCUCUCUCUCUCUCUCUGGUGUGCAUAAAGACACUCGCUCUGGAUCUCCAGUGAGGAUUUUAUCACUUUGUUAUAAUUAUAAAUUAUCAUCAUCAUUAUUAAUAUUAUUAUUGUUUGGAGUAAACUAAAACAAUGAUGGAGAAGCCGAAGCGCGAGGAGGAGGGCGGCCAAACGGCAUGCCGAGGGGGAGGACACGAGGAAGAGGAGGAGGAAGAAGAGGAGGAAGAAGAAGAGGAGGAGGAGGAGGGGGAGGAGGGUGUGUGUGAGAGACAGGAAGGCACGAAGCUGUCGAGGAGGAGGAAGAGGAGGAGGAGGAAGGGCGCCGGCAGCGUCAUCCUGCAGAGAGGAGGCAGAGUGGGCGGGGCCUUCGUGGCCCUGGGCGGGGCUUUAGGGGCGCCAGUGGGCGGGGUGGGGGGUAUUAAAGGAGAGGCCGUGGAGGAGAACAGCAGGCUCCAGUGUGAGAGUCGCGCGCCCCCUGGUCUUUCUCAUAUUCCUCCUCCUCAUCCUCCACCUUCCUCUCUACCGCAUCCAGCAGCAACCCCGCCGCCGCAUCCUCCUCACUCUGCUCCACCUGCUCCCGCUCCUGCCCCGCCACUGCUGCUGCUCCUGCCACACUCAGAGCCUCGCGCAGCGCGGAUGGUGCAGCUGAGUCCGGCCGCUCUGCCCCCCCCAGCGCGCGCGCUGCUCUACGGCACUAUGGCGCAACCGCUCGGGCACAGUGGCUUUGCUGGAGAAGCGGAACAGUAUGGGAUGUAUCCCAGUCACCGCGUGAAGCGCAGACCAGCGCCGUACGAAAUCGAGAUCAACGAUGGUUCUCAGCCCAAAAUCGUGCGGCGGAUCUUCACAAACAGCCGUGAGCGCUGGAGGCAACAGAACGUGAACGGCGCCUUUGCCGAGCUUCGCAAGCUCAUCCCCACGCACCCACCCGAUAAGAAGCUCAGCAAAAACGAAAUCCUGCGCCUGGCCAUGAAGUACAUCAACUUUCUGGCCAAGCUUCUGAACGACCAGGACGAGGUGAUGGUGGGCAGCGACGGUGGGCCGAGAAUCCGCGAGGGCCGGGACGGCCUAGUGCGGGAAGACCUGCUGCAGGACAUGCUGAGCCCCAACUCCAGCUGCGGCAGCCUGCUGGACGGAGACGGCAGUCCGGAGAGCUUCACAGAGGAGCAGGACUCGUCGCCUGCUGGACGAGGCCUGCAUCACCCUCCCAUGCCUCUGGACGGAAGCAACCAGCGAUGACUACGGCGGUGUAAAUCUCACGAUUCCAUCUCACGAUUACGAUGCUUUAGGAAACGAUUCAGUGCAUUUUACUAUGGUUAAACCUAUGUUGCCAAAUGUUUGGGCUUGCUACACUUAAAAAAAAAAGUCUAAAAAGUAAGCAUAGAAGUUUCUGAAUGUCGCUACAAGUUAUUUAAAAUGAUUUGCUCCAAUAUUCCAAAUUGAUUCAGGACUGAUGCAGUUGAAUCUUUGAAUCGAUGCAUCGUGACGCAUUUUUACACCCCUAGCGAUGGUAGCUAAGUGUUCCUGAAAAGAAAACAAAAGAGAUUGGGCAUUGGAUACCAGACCCACAUGGUCCAUCAUGGUCCAUCAUGGUCCAUCAAGGACUUGGACGGUCCAUCCCAGUCAAUCAAAGGCCAUCAAGGGCCAUCAAGGAAGGCUGAAGGACCUGCAAUUAUGUUCAUGUUUCUGUGCAAACUUGACUCUUUCUCCCCCCUCCCCCAAACACUUUACACCAUGAGCUAGCUACUGGAUGCUGCCCCUAUGGGUGAAAACUGGUACUGGGGAAUUAUAAUAAUGGUAAACAUUGGUAGCUUUUGGUCCAAGCUGCUGCAGUAAAGCAUUUUAAGCAAAUAUGGUCCUUGGAUUUAAACAGAGAUGCACACAAAACAUUCAAAAAAGGCCAGAACUGUUCAGAACGGUACCCUUUUGAAGAUUUCAGUCCCACCGUUUUAUCAGGUACCCUGUUAGAACGCUGCGUAUGGAAAUGAAGAAGACAAACAGGGGGAAUCUCCUUGGCUAAAGUCAAUCAGUAAUGGAUGUAAUGAAUUGUAGAUGAGUGUAGUGUUUUUUUACAUUAAGCAUUAGAACAUUAGAAUGGGAAUUCUCUCUGUUCUCGCUGUUAGGAUUAUGUUGGAGACUGUUAAAACUCUUCUGUACAUAAAACAUAACAGGGCCAUGAGUUGCCCUGAGUUAACAAGCAAUUGCCUUAUUGGCAAUAGCAGCUAACUGAAUGCUAUUUGGAGGAAAAAAGAAAAUUUGCCAUUUUGUGAAUGGCAUUUGAGUAUUAUUUUAUCGUACACACACACACACACAGACACAUGCACACACAUAUACUUACACAUACUAGCACAUGUAGAGACAAAAGACAGGGAGAAGGUUGUGACAGUAAGAGGUAAGAGGUACAAGUGUGUACAAGUGUACAUAACGAAAUAAAAUAAUGUGGUUGAUCUGUAUCUAAAGCUGAACCCCACACAUCUGUACUGUUCAUUUUCAUUGUGAUUAUGGUACAAUGAGUUAAUCAGCACCAUCUCCCCUCAAUUUCCUUUCUCCUUUCCCUCCAUCUCUCUCUCUCUCUCUCUCCUCCCCUCCAGUAAGUGUUUUUUCACUGUAUUUGGCCUGGAUCUGCUUUUUUUUAGCAGACUGUUGAGUAACCAGUCUUGGUACCUUUAAUUCUUUGAUUUUUUUUUUGUGUAUUAAAGAAAAUCAGCAAAAAUGUUAUUUUAAUGUGAUAUUUAGUAGAAAGACCUUUGUUGUAAGGUGAAAAUGAAAUCUAUAUAAAUAUAUGCAACGUUAUAUCUUACAGAAUUUUAUAGAAAAUGAAAUAAAAACGCAAAAAAUGAGCAAGAAAA